GUAAAGCCAAGGUCCUCUCAACAGUCACGGCCAUUUACGACGUUGGAUGUUUUCUUGGAGCAAUCGUGGCAUUCACAAUAGGCGAAUGCCUAGGACGGAAGAAGUCGAUUAUUCUCGGUUCAGCCAUCAUGUCCAUUGGAGUGAUUCUCCAGGCGGCAUCUUUCAGUCUAGGGCAGAUGUUUGUUGGCAGGAUUGUUCUAGGAAUCGGUAAUGGCCUCAAUACUGCUACUGCUCCCAUUUGGCAAACAGAGACGACACCCGUCCGAUGGAGGGGGAAACUGGUCAUUCUUGAAAUGGCCAUGAACAUCCUGGGAUACGCCACGGUAAACUGGAUCAACUACGGCCUAUCCUUUGCCGGAGGCGCCGUUGCCUGGCGAUUCCCGAUUGCCUUUCAAUUCUUCUUCAUUUUCAUCCUCUUUGCAACGGUUCCAUGGCUCCCUGAAUCUCCCCGGUGGCUGUUAGCUCAUGGUCACGACGUCAAGGCCGUUGAAAUCCUAGCAAGUCUGGAGGCCAAGCCCGUUGACGACCCAUACAUCGCCACCCAGCGCAACGAGAUGGAGUAUACGAUUGCCUAUGAACGUGAAAACUCGAUUCGGUGGAGGGAUAUCUUUCUGGGCAAAGCCGGCCGCGAUUCAAAGACGCUUCGACGACUGAUCCUCGGCGCGGGCUCGCAGUUCAUGCAGCAAUUCGGCGGGAUCAAUAUCAUGUCCUACUACCUACCCACGGUGCUCAUGAAAUACGUCGGGCUGUCGAAUAGCAUGGCUAGACUCCUAACGGCCUGCAACGCUACGUCGUAUUUCAUCUUUGCCUCUCUGGCCGUCACGCUGGUCGAGCGCUGGGGCCGAAGAGGGUUGAUGCUGUUUUCGACGUUCGGGCAGUUCCUUUCUUUCCUGAUCAUUACUAUCCUGCUCUCCUUUGCGCAGAGUGACCCCGACAGCAAGAAAUACGGAUCCGCAUCUAUCGCAUUCUUCUUUCUCUUUCACAUCGCCUUCGGUAUGGGAAUGCUCGGUGUUCCCUGGUUGUAUCCGACUGAGGUCAACUCGCUUCCGAUGCGGACGAAAGGCGCGGCUGUUGCAACGGCUACUGAUUGGAUCACAAACUUUGUUGUCGUCGAAAUCACGCCCGUUGCCGUCGACAACAUCGGCUGGCGAUUCUGGAUCGUCUGGACAGUCACCAACGCCGUCUUCCUACCCAUUAUCUACUUCUUUUAUCCAGAAACAGGCAAUUACAAACUCCCUCCAUACUGAUCAUGUUUUCAAAUAGGUAUUUGAUAAGGCUAACUCCCUCCAGCAAACCGCACCCUGGAAGACCUCGACGCCUAUUACCGCUCUGAUCCAUCUCUGAUCGUCAUCAGAGACCCCGAUGCAAUUUCCAGAAAGCGUCCAUUGAAGUAUAUUGAGCAUGAGAAUGAGGAAAUGCAGAAGAAUGCCAAGCAGGCUAAAGAUAUGUGUAAAGUUGAAUCACCCAUGGUAGAACACGUGGAAUAGAGAGGGACCAGAUACAGGGGGUUUCGGGUUAUAAAAGAGAGAGAGAGAGAGAGAAAAAAUAAGAACUAAGCGACCCACUGGGUGCCCUAUGUUGGAUUUGCUCUUCACUCAUUAUAGGUGAACCUUCUACACGCAGUGAACAAG